UUUUGUUUUCCGGACAAGGUAAAAUUCGUAUAUAUUUUUUAUUGUUAGCUGUGCAAUGUCCGAUGACAUCAAAAAUUACUUCAAUGGCUUGCUGCAUAAGGUCAGCGGCCUCUAUGUCAUACAGAUAACGGACCGAGAUGGCGUGCCACUCCUACGGGUCAGCAACAGCCAGGAGAAAAAUGUGGACUUCGCAUUGAUGCCGUCAUUUAUACCCACAUUUACCACAGCCUGUGAUCAGGCUAGCAAACUGGGCCUAGGGCGCAAUAAAGCAAUCAUUUCCAUGUAUUCCAAUUACCAGGUGGUGCAAAUGAACAAAUUGCCAUUGAUUUUGACAUUCGUUGGCGCCGAGGACUGCAAUACGGGACACAUUCUGGCGCUGGAGCACCAAGUGGACGGCUACCUGGAGGACAUGAAACUGGCCGUAACAGAACCAUAAAAACGCCUUUGUACAAUUACGAAUGUAGUAGUAUAUGUGUAUAUUUAAAAAAUGAAACUUUUUACUUGGCUUAAAUGCAUACGCUGAAUAAUA